AUGGCAGCAGCAGCAGCAGCAGCGGGAGGAGCAGCAGCAGCAGCAGCAGCAGCUCCUGAGUCGCUCAGCGGGCGCCUGCGCCUCAAACUCGCUGCGCACAACCCCCGCGGCAUGAGCAGCAGCAGCAGCAGCAGCAGCAGCAGCAGCAGCACGGGAGCAGCAGAAAACAUUAGUGUCUCCAUUACUGUCCCUUCUUUUGUCGGAGCUGCUUCUUUAAUUUGUUCUUCUGGAGCCAUUCGCUACGUGCAUGCAAAAAGGCUGAUAGUUUGGGAAGUUCCUUCGCUGGCCUUCGACUCGCCGCCCCAGACAGCUGAGGGCACGGUGGGGCUUUUUUAG